AUGUCUCUUCCCAACAAAAUCGCAAUUGGCACCUCAUGCCUGGGCCAACACCCAUCUCACAUAUUAGACCACAAGAUCCGCGCCGCGGCGCAACAAGGCUUCCAGGGCCUUGAAAUCGUCUACGCCGAUCUAGAGCGCUACAGCAACACCCUCCAAAUCCCUCUAUCCACCGGCGCAAAGCAGAUCCGCCAAUUAAGCGACGACUUGGGUCUGACAAUCAUCUCACUUGCACCCUUUGAGAACUUUGAGGGCACAAAGACCCCUCUUAAGGAGCGUCUCGCCGUCGCUCAGCGCUGGCUUGAUCUCGCGCGCAUCCUAGGCGCAACAUACCUCCAAGUCCCGUCACAGUAUGGCACAGACAGUAUUCGCGAUGAGGCCGUGAUCGUCUCGGAGAUGCAGCAGCUUGCAGAUUUGGCUAGUUCGCUGUCGCCUGUUAUCUCUAUUGCGUACGAGCCCUUAUCGUGGGGCGUCGCCUACUCGACCUGGGACGAUGUCCUUCGUCUCACACAGCUCGUUGACCGCGAUAAUUUCGGAAUUUGCCUGGAUACAUUCCACGAGACUACAAAGCUCUGGGCGAGCCCAUUCACAGACUCGGGAGUCUACCCUGACGGCCCCGAAAAGCUGGCUGCCUCGCUGCGUCGCUUUGUGACGAGCAUUCCCGUUGAAAAGCUCUUCUAUGUACAGCUAUCUGAUGCCGAACGAUUCGAUCCCCCGUUCUCAAAGAGCCAUCCCUGGUACCUCGAGGGCGAGGCACCGGAGUUUACAUGGUCGAAGCACGCGCGUCCUUACCCGCUUGAGACAGAAUAUGGAGGGUAUACGCCUAUUACCGAUGUGGUACAGACUUGGCUUGUUGAUGUCCAGUUCAAAGGGUGGGUCUCCAUGGAGAUUUUCGAUCGGCGAAUGCGUGAUGAGGCGUAUAAGCCUGAGACCGCGGCCGAGAGAGGACGGAGGUCUUGGGAGAAGGUCCAGGCUGGUGUGAGCGGGGGUUCGAAGCUCUAA